AGUGCACCUGAUUAAAUUUACACUCUUUUAUAUUGCAUUACUUUAUUUCCAAUUGAAUUAUACUGUCAUAUACUUUUACUGCUAAAAGUUUAAGAAAAAAGAACAACAUAAUGCAUUUAGCUAGUUCAUCAUCCACAGCAGCUGGUACUAGCAAAAAAAUCAAUAACUCUACCAAUUCAAACGUGCGUUGGUCUUCCUUGCCUCAAGACGAAAGUGCCCCCCUUAAUACUUCAGCUGAAAGUAAUUUAAGUGCAGAUGAAAUGCAAAAAGAUUCUUCAGGCAAAGUAGAAACAAAAGAGGAAAGCAAACCAAUCGUAGCUUCCACUGAUAUUAACAGAGAGUUUAAAAACAACCGCGCCGACAGCGGCGACGAAAGUAGCAAUUUGGUUGGUUUUUCAUCUGAAACUUUGAGUGGAAACACACAUGCGGGUACCAGUGUAGGCAGUGGUCGGAAUUCGUUCAAAUCUGCUGGUAAGGGGAUCAUGUUGGUGGGACGUCUUCGAAAACUCACCUCCAGGGUCCGCAUCCAGUUCUACACACAUGUGUCCAACAAGGAGAAGCUGGACUUCAUCUGGAACAACAACUUCAGAACUGCUUUUAUCAUUCGGUGUCUGCUGCUGCUGUUGAAACUGGUCAGCUGUGUGGUAUAUGUCGCCAACUUUGUCGAAUACGAACAGCCCAUCACUCACUGCUUCGAAUGCACGGACAACGAUGUUCCUGGAAACGCUACAUAUCCAAUUUAUGGUGCAUUGCUGUGGGUGGAGCGGUCUCUGUUGUUCUACAUCAUAGAAGUGGCAGUCGCUCUCUUCUCCACCAUCGACACAAUCGUGCUCAUCAUAUGCCAGUUCAGAGGAAACAUUGUGGAGCAAAUCUUGUCCUACAGAGUGUUUGUUGAGACAUGCGUAUCACUGCCAUUCCUAGCCUCGCUGUGCCACCCUCUGUUCCGCUUUCUCUAUGUGCCCUCCUUCCUCAACUGCUGGCUGGCCAAACACUUCCUCAUGAGCAUACUGUACAUGGAACCCAUUGCGUUUUCGUCCAUGCAGCGACUGCUGAUGAAGUUGAUCACAUUCAUUUGUUGUCUCGCAUUCACAUGCAUGUGUGGCAUCCACUAUCUGGAGCGAAUUCAAGACAGGAGUGGCGAUGAACAGUACGACUUCUUCAACUCCUUCUGGUUCGUCAUCGUCACAUUCUCCACAGUCGGCUACGGGGACUUGUACCCCAUUGGAUGGAUCUCGAAACUGUUCGUCAUAUUCACCAUUGGACUCGCGCUCAUCUUCAUUCCUGUACAGCUGGAGUCACUGUCGUUCGCGUGGGAUGAGAAGCAGAAGUUGGGGGGCAACUACAGCCACAGGAGGGCUGAGAAGGAGCAGCACGUGGUGUUGUGCACCUCCUUUGUCACAGAGGACAUCCUGCACGACUUCAUGAACGAGUUCUACGCAUACCCAAAACUCAAGAACUAUUACGUCAUACUGCUGUGUCCCCUGGAGUUCGAUGGUAAGAUCAACGCGAUGCUGGAGAACCCCAGCUGGAGCCAGAGGGUGAUCUACAUCCAGGGCAGUGCUCUCAGAGUAUCCGAUCUCAUUCGGGCGAAGGUGCACUACGCCGAAAGCUGUUUCAUAUUCUCAUCUCGCAAUGUGAAGGAUAGGCGAAGAGAGGACGAGGCCACAAUUCUCCGCACGUGGGCCAUAAAGGACUUCGCCUCCCAUGUGCCCCUGUACGUGCAAGUGUUGCAACCAGAACACAAACAGCUGGUGAUGGCGGCCAAUUACGUCAUCUGCGAAGAUGAGCUCAAGUAUGCAAUUCUGGCCAGCAACUGUCUCUGUCCCGCCAUGUCCACUUACAUCAGUCUACUUGUUCACACUCUGCAGGGCAGCAAAACUGGAACAGUUAACUGCUCCUUGGAAGAGAAUCCUUCGGAGAGCAACGACCAGUGGGAGAUGCAGUAUGCGAGGAGCACAGCCCAGGAGAUCUAUGACAAGCCAGUUGGGAAGAGCAAGUUCUUCCAGGAGUACAUCGGCUACAACUUCAUGGAGGCUGCAUUCCUCGCUCACAGAAAGUACGGCUGCAUGACUAUUGGGGUGAAGCCAGAGAACGGGCAGCUGAUGUUGAAUCCUGGCCCCAACCACAUCAUGAAGGCCUCCGACACCGUCUACUUCUUCUACACCACGAGCGAAGACGAGACUGAAAUAUCUGUGGUGAGAGGGAACGAGGGAGAGGCGCCUUUGGUGACUAAAAAGAAAACAAGAUCGGAUUUGGAGGCGAACAACAACACACCACGCACCACUGAGUUGUUCAACAAACUACAACAAGCAUUCCCUAUGAAUCAGGCAGUUGGUGGAAACUGUUUCGCUGAUGUGGUGAUGACUUCGAUGAAGAAGCGUCGCGAGUCAGUGAUUCCGGGCAGCAUAGAGGAGUCUUACAUUGAGGGGUACCCCACCGCGCCCUAUCCCUGCUUCCAGGCACCUGUCUGCUACUUGCUGCCGCAGAACAGGAAGAUCUGCUGUCUCAAUCUGUUCAAGCCCUGUGAGCAUGACCAGCGCACCUGCGCUCAAGAAUACAACUUCAAAAACCCACUCACCCUCCUCUGUGUCGAAGUGCCGUCGGUGGCCAUUUGUAACUUCAUUGUUCCCCUGAGACACCGCUGCAGAGACAGGACAGUCCUCACUCCCAUCAUCAUCAUGAUGCUUCUGUUUUUUUUCCAGGUGGCCAUUUGUAACUUCAUAAUUCCCCUGAGACACCACUGCAGAGACAGGACAGCCCUCACCCCCAUCAUCAUCAUGAUGUUUCUGUUUUUUUUCCAGUUGGUGGCCAUUUGUAACUUCAUAGUUUCCCUGAGACACCACUGCAGAGACAGGACAACCCUCACCCCCAUCAUCAUCAUGAUGUUUCUGUUUUUUUUCCAGGCGGCCAUUUUUAACUUCAUAGUUCCACUGAGACACCACUGCAGAGACAGGACAGCCCUCAUCCCCAUCAUCAUCAUGAUGUUUCUGUAUUUUUUCCAGGUGGCCAUUUGUAACUUCAUUGUUCCCCUGAGACACCACUGCAGAGACAGGACAGCCCUCACUCCCAUCAUCAUCAUCAUGUUUCUGUUUUUUUUUCAGGUGGCCAUUUGUAACUUCAUAGUUCCCCUGAGAAACCACUGCAGAGACAGGACAGCCCUCUUCCCCAUCAUAAUCAUGAUGUUUCUGUUUUUUUUCCAGGUGGCCAUUUGUAACUUCAUAGUUCCCCUGAGAAACCACUGCAGAGACAGGACAGCCCUCACCCCCAUCAUCAUCAUGAUUUUCCUGUUUUUUUUUCCAGUGGCCAUUUGUAACUUCAUAGUUCCCCUGAGACACCACUGCAGAGACAGGACAUCCCUCACCCCCAUCAUCAUCAUAAUGUUGCUGUUUUUUUCCAGGUGGCCAUUUUUCCAGGUGGACAGUGGUGUCUUCAUAGUUCCAACUCAUAGAAGACAGUGGUGUCUUCAUAGUUCCAUUGGUGUCUUCAUAGGUGGCUCUGCAAUGGUGGCCAUUUGUAACUUCAUAAUUCCCCUGAGACACCACUGCAGAGACAGGACAGCCCUCACCCCCAUCAUCAUCAUGAUGUUUCUGUUUUUUUUCCAGGUGGCCAUUUGUAACUUCAUAGUUUCCCUGAGACACCACUGCAGAGACAGGACAACCCUCACCCCCAUCAUCAUCAUGAUGUUUCUGUUUUUUUUCCAGGCGGCCAUUUUUAACUUCAUAGUUCCACUGAGACACCACUGCAGAGACAGGACAGCCCUCAUCCCCAUCAUCAUCAUGAUGUUUCUGUAUUUUUUCCAGGUGGCCAUUUGUAACUUCAUUGUUCCCCUGAGACACCACUGCAGAGACAGGACAGCCCUCACUCCCAUCAUCAUCAUCAUGUUUCUGUUUUUUUUUCAGGUGGCCAUUUGUAACUUCAUAGUUCCCCUGAGAAACCACUGCAGAGACAGGACAGCCCUCUUCCCCAUCAUAAUCAUGAUGUUUCUGUUUUUUUUCCAGGUGGCCAUUUGUAACUUCAUAGUUCCCCUGAGAAACCACUGCAGAGACAGGACAGCCCUCACCCCCAUCAUCAUCAUGAUUUUCCUGUUUUUUUUUCCAGUGGCCAUUUGUAACUUCAUAGUUCCCCUGAGACACCACUGCAGAGACAGGACAUCCCUCACACCCAUCAUCAUCAUGAUGUUUCUGGUGGCCAUUUGUAUUUUUAUAGUUCCCCUGAGACACCACUGCAGAGACAGGACAGCCGUCACCCCCAUCAUCAUCAUGAUGUUUCUGUUUUUUUUUCAGGUGGCCAUUUGUAACUUCAUAGUUCCCCUGAGAAACCACUGCAGAGACAGGACUGCCCUCUUCCCCAUCAUAAUCAUGAUGUUUCUGUUUUUUUUCCAGGUGGCCAUUUGUAACUUCAUAGUUCCCCUGAGAAACCACUGCAGAGACAGGACAGCCCUCACCCCCAUCAUCAUCAUGAUUUUCCUGUUUUUUUUUCCAGUGGCCAUUUGUAACUUCAUAGUUCCCCUGAGACACCACUGCAGAGACAGGACAUCCCUCACCCCCAUCAUCAUCAUAAUGUUGCUGUUUUUUUCCAGGUGGCCUUUUUUCCAGGUGGCCAGUGAUGUCUUCAUAGUUCCCCUGAGACACCACUGCAGAGACAGGACAGCCCUCACCCCCAUCAUCAUCAUGAUGUGGCCAUUUGUAACUUAUAGUUCCCCUGAGACACCACUGCAGAGACAGGACAGCCCUCACCCCCAUUAUCAUGAUGAUGUUUCUUUUUUCCAGUUGGCCAUUUGUAACUUCAUAGUUCCCCUGAGACACUACUGCAGAGACAGGGCAGCUCUCACCUCCAUCAUCAUCAUGGUGGCCAUUUGUAACUUCAUAGUUCCCCUGAGACACCACUGCAGAGACAGGACAGCCCUCAUCCCCAUCAUCAUCGUGGUGGCCAUUUGUAACUUCAUAGUUCCCCUGAGACACCACUGCAGAGACAGGACAGCCCUCACCCCCGUCAUCAUCAUGGUGUUUCUUUUUUUCCAGGUGGCCAUUUGUAACUUCAUAGUUCCCCUGAGACACCACUGCCUAGACAGGACAGCUCUCACCCCCAUCAUCAUCAUGGUGUUUCUUUUUUUUCCAGGUUUCUUUUUUUUCCAGGUGGCCAUUUGUAACUUCAUAGUUCCCCUGAGACACCACUGCAGAGACAGGACAGCCCUCACCCCCAUCAUCAUCAUGAGUGAGAACAACCCCGAUGUGAAUUUCCUAGCUGCCAUCUCCUACUACCCCCAAGUCUACUACUGCAUAGGUAGACUGGAUGUGUUGAAUGAUCUGAUCCGGGCGGGAGUGACCCAGGCGGAGACUCUGGUCAUAGUGGACAAGGAGAGCAGCAAGUGGGCCGAGGAGUCAUACAUGGCCGACAGUGGCAGUGUCGUCAACGUCUACUUCCUCUCAAGGAUGUUCCCGGAUCUGGAAAUAAUAACAGAGCUCACAUACCCUGCAAAUAUGCGGUUCCUCGGUAUCCACUACAGCCAGAAUGCACCCAAGAAUCUCUCCUUCUCCCAGAAGAAGGCCCUGGAAGCCACUCCUCAAGACCAAGAUCUGUUCAGGCCUGCUUUCGUGUCGGGGUCUGCAAUUAGCACUAGUAUGUUGGACACUUUGUUGUAUCAGAGCUAUGUGAAGCCUUACAUCAUAUCAGUGGUCUAUUUGCUCAUUGGACUCAAACAGAAUGCCGGAUCUGGAACACUCAUUUUCCGUGUGGUGGGCGAGAGCGAGGAGGAGUGUAAAGGGGGUGACAUCUGUUCUUCUAAGACAUUCUCAGAGUACUACCAGGAGAUGAUUGAGAAACACUUCGAGAUCCCCAUUGGAAUAUACCGCAGUCUUCCCACAGAUCCCGAGGCCGACGCAAUCGAAGUAGCCGAACUAGAGGAAAAAGAGGCCAAAAGUUGCUUCAACUUUGCAUUUGGCUCCCCCUCCACGUCUCCCCUUUUUACCCUUCUCAAUCAACCGAAAAAGAACCCUAGAGUUUCGCCUGAGCUAUACAAGAAACAGAAUUCGCGUCCCGCGAGUGCGCGUAGCGAAGUGGAUGUGCUGAAGAUGGAAGAGAAGUAUGACUCAUUGCAGGACCAGCUGAUGUGUGAGGCCCAGAUCAGACAGAUCCUCAAAGACAGAAUGCUCCGACUGGAAGCAGAAGCUACCUCAACCCCCGCCUCCACACAGAACAACCCACAACAACCCCCCGCAAUCAACAACAACACUAACUCAAACGCCAAAGGAUCCACUGAGAACAACAGCGGUAGUCGGAAGUUCGUCAUUGUGAACCCAGAACCAAACACAAAACUGCGCAAGGAUGACAUUGUCUAUCUGAUCAGACCCGAACUGCUCACUACAGACGACUCUGUCUUCGCCGCCCAAAAGGAGCUAGUGGUCAACUCACAGUCACAAGCAUUCGUCGAUCUCCACAAUUCAACCAAUCAGUACACGCCAAACUAUUCCACCAAUCAGAACUCGCCAAACAGACAACAGCAGCAACAACCAGUCAAUAAUUUCAGAAGAGACGCGCGAGCAGUUUCCAGCUCGGGCUCAAAUGGGCUGACGCCCAUAAGUGAAGACGUCAGCACCAGCAGUACUAAAACAGCCACCACAAAUGUAGACUAUUCAUGACAAAUCAAACUUCAAUCGUUUUAUUGUCGAGUUAGCCGACAGACAAAUCCGCCGACGUGCUAUCAUGCGGACAAUCUAAUCAUGCUUUAGU